UUGAAUUCCCCUCUGGCCAAUAACCAGGUGACUCCACCCUCUGUGCUAAAGAAAUCUGCUUAUAUGAGCAAUCAGAACUCCACAGAAAACUCACUUUGUCCACCUCUGAAAUACUGACGUAGAGAAGACUUCUGCUCACUUUGACUCAAAGAUUCACGACAUGCCUUCAGUGGGACUGGAGAUACUUGGAGUGGGUCUAGCUGUCCUGGGAUGGAUCUCAGCCAUUGUGUCCUGCGCCCUGCCCAUGUGGAGAGUGUCAGCGUUCAUCGGGGUGAACAUCGUCACAGCACAGACCACUUGGGAAGGCAUCUGGAUGAACUGCGUGGUCCAGAGCACAGGUCAGAUGCAGUGUAAAAUCCACGACUCCAUGUUGGCUCUCACUGCAGACCUCCAGGCCGCCCGCGCUCUUACUAUCAUCUCCAUCAUGCUGGGCAUUGUCGGAAUCAUGGUGGCCAUUAUGGGGGCAAAAUGCACCAACUGUGUGGAUGACGAGUCGGCCAAGGCUCGGGUGAUGAUAGCUGCCGGGGUGGCCUUCAUCCUGGCCUCUCUGACCCAGCUGAUCCCUGUGUCCUGGUCAGCCAAUUCCAUCAUCAUGGAGUUCUACAGUCCAAUCAUACCUGAGUCCCAGAAGAGGGAGAUAGGGGGGGCUCUGUACCUGGGCUGGGCUGCUGCCGCGUUCCUGCUCAUCGGAGGGGGAAUCCUCUGCUCCAGUUGCCCCCAACAACCUGAGAAAAGGUACGGGCCUCCAUCAAAGAUGAUGUACUCCCAGCCGAGGUCUCUGGCCCCAAGUGGUUAUGAUAGGAGGGACUAUGUCUGAACUCACACCUGCUCUUUCUCACAACUUUGCGGAAAAGACUGCUUGGAGAGAGCUCCAAUUUGUUUAUAACUUAUACACAUUUUUCUUAAUGUUGAGAUUGAAAACUAUUUUCAUGCCACUACUGUAUAUGCCAUUUAGAACAGAGCUGUAUAUGCCAUUUAGAACAGAGACUUCAAAAUUGUUUGCCUUUAUUAAAUCUAUUGUGUGUUACUUUGAUGCUGUUGGAGGCUAACAACUUUGUUAGUGAUGCUG